AUGGACGGCAUACAGAUGGAGCCUAUCGGCAAAUACAAAGCCGACAGAAACGGAUCUGCUAAGGCAGCUGCCUGGCGUAACAUGGUUGACCAAGAUUUGGAUGAUGUCGCGUUUUUGGCGGACACGGACAAGGCGCGCGAAGCUCGAGAGCUCCGCGACGCACCCGUGGCAGUAUGCUCACAACGACGAGCACUCUGCCUCACUGUGGUGCUGUUCUCCGCCAUGUUCGCCACGGCACUGAUCAUUGUGUAUGCUUCCCCGCAAUCUGAUUGCCCAUGUGCUACAGACGUAACAUUGAUACCUGGACAGCCACCGACGGACUCUGAAGCCAGUCUAGCUGCUGCUAACAAGGAACGUUUAGCGACCAACGGGGCAGUGUUCCCAUGGCGCGGCGCUCGACUGCCAACCUUUGUUAUACCAAAGCAUUACAGUCUAUGGCUACAUCCGAACUUGACUACUGGAGAACUGAGAGGUGAAGUCUCAAUAGACUUCAAAGUGGACCGGGACACCACGUUUGUGGUGCUGAACGUGAGAGACAUGAAUGUGACUGAGCGAGCUCUGUUCAAGUCCGGUGGCUCGCUCGGACCGAAGGUCGCGAAGACGUUGGAGUAUCCACAGGCAGACCAGAGUUAUAUUGAGUUUAAGGAAAAACUCCGUCGUAAAUUUAACUACACUUUGAGUCUUCGUUUCAUCACGAAAUUGGAGAGGAGCGACAAACAACGAGGUUUCUUCUUGACAGGGACGCAUAGACAUCGCUGCGCUGUAUCCAGAUUCUGGCUGACUCACGCCCGGUCCGCGUUCCCGUGUCUGGACGAGCCACAUUUCAGGGCUACCUUCAAGAUCACCAUCGUCAGAGACAGGUUCCACGUGUCGCUGACUAAUAUGCCGAUAGUGGCGACUGAGGAGGCUGGCUUCUAUUUAGGACAUCGACUGCUUCAAGACGAAUUCGGAGUGACCCCUCCGAUGCCUCCCCACAUGGUAUCUCUAGCAGUCUGUCGCCUCCAAAGACGAGCGGCUCCCGAACUACCAACCGAAGCCACGCCGAAUAUUACCGAAGUGGCCACGAUGAUACCCGAAGCCACAUCGGAACCACCCGAAGAGGAUUUGCCGCCAGAAAUCAGUUUGUACAGCGAUCAACAAGUUAUUUUGGACGAAUCUGGGCCUCUUCUCGAAUGGGUACAAAGGACGAUCCAGCAUUUCUCCUUUGAGCUGAAUACUUCGUAUCCACUUCCGAAAUUCGAUAUCGUGGUGGUAGAAGGCAGCAAUCCUUACUCGGAAGGUUGGGGACUGAUCACUCUGGCACCGGCCACGCUAUCCGAUACCAAGACUAUAGCUAGACUACUGGCUCAGCAGUGGUUCGGUGGUACGGUAUCCCCUCGCUGGUGGUCGUCCCAGUGGCUGCUGGAGGCUCUCACCUCAGUGCUGGCUGAGAAGGCCCCCGCCCCGCCACACAGUGACGCUCAGAGACCUGCUGAUGCUUUAUUGCUGGAUCACGUUCUACCGGCCCUAAGAUUGGACUCCAGUAACUCAGUGCGAGCGGUAGCGUCACCGCGGCUAGAGAGAGCUGACAUAGAAAGUGCUACGGAUGAAUUGUCUUUGCAUAAGGGUGCAGCCAUAGUAAGUAUGGCGAUUGAAGCGGCGGGCGAGGCAGCAGGACGCGCUGCACUGGCACGACUGUUGAGAGAUCAUCGAUUUGCUAGCGCGGAUGCAAGGGACUUAUGGCGUGCGUUAGAGCGAGACGGCUCGGACGACGGUCUGGGCGGCGCGGCGUGGGACGGGUGGUGUGAGCGGCCCGGGUACCCGCUACUGUGUGCCAGCUCCAUGGGGACUGAUGUACUACUGAAACAGGAGAGAUUCGUGAUGUCAGCUGAGCCCCCAGAACCAGACCCGCCUAUGGUGAACUAUCUACUUACGUUGGACCUAAGAGCGGAGCUUGAUGAACUCUUCUAUGAACCGGAAAACUUCACAGAUACAGAAGAGGAUUUGAAUUCAACGACAACAACUCCUCCUCCCACCACCACGCGUCGCGUCACAGUUAAAACUACAAAGGCGCCCCCACACAAGUGGAUAAUACCGGUGACCUUCGUCGUAGGCCCUUUAGACAGUGAAGAAGAAGAGGCUAAUAUAACAGCUUGGAAGAAUGUCACUCAGAAUUAUCAUAAUGCUACUUGGUACGAUGUGACUACAGACAACAAGACAGCUAAAGUUUCAUCCCGAUGGGCUGAAAACGUCACUCAUUUGAUAUGGAUGAAUGAUACUGAAAUGGUAAUACCAGACCUGGGCAAGCAUAAAUGGGUGCGAUAUAAUGUGGGAGCGAGAGGACUGUAUCGAGUGGCGCCGCAGGACAGGACUGAUGGAGAGUCAGCGGAAUCAGCGGCGUCUCGUGCCGCGGAGCUGUACGCGAGCGGCGCGGCGGCGGAGCGCGCGCUGUUGUUGGACGACGCCUUCGUGCUGAGCCGCGCCGGCAGGCUGCCCGCCAGCAGGGCCGUCGCUGCCGCCGCUCGACUAAGUUCAGAAACUCAUUGGGCUCCAUGGCGAGUAGUCCUGAACCACCUCUCCUGGUGGAGGGAACUGCUCAUGCUGGCGAGUUCAGGUCCUCACCUAAACAAACUCCUGAAGACCUUACAUCCAGCCAAAGUCGUGGUUUACUCCAACGAGCAGCUGCAGGGCGCUGGACUGGGAGAAGAUUUACUUUGGUUAAGCGGCGCUCUCUUAACAGCAGGAGUUGAGUGGGAGAACCCAGAUGUCACCAAACAAGCUGUGGAGCUGUUCGACGCCUGGCUGGAGACUAACCAGACUAUACCUGAUAUUUACCAGGAGGCGGCGUUUACAGCCGGGGUCCGAACCCACGGCCAACCAGCGUGGCAGGCGUGCUGGCGCGCUCUGACCGCGUCGUACGCCGCGCCGCGACCUCUCUACUCCCACAGAGCGCUACUGGUGGCGCUAGCGUCGGCCAAGGACGACUGGCUGUUUUAUAGAUUCGCGUUUGCCUCAUUAUCGAAUGAAGCGCAAAGGAGUCGAGAGUGGCGACUUUGGAUCACUGCGCUAUGCUCAGCUACUUGCAGAUGGCGUGGCGCGGCCGGUGUAUGGCGCAUACUUCGUCCACAACCAGUGUUGCCACCGUCAGCAUUACAAGCGGCCGCGAGAUGCUUAUACCAGCCGUAUGAUUAUUACCGGUUUAAAGAGCUGUUCGGAGAGUACCGAGGGGCCACGACAGCGCUAGAUACAAUAGCGCUGAACGCGGCGUGGGUGUUGCGCGCCGACACCGACCUCCUGCGGUACUUCACCGCGUUAACACAACAUUAA